CGGGUACCUUUCAAUCUUAUGGAACACGCGGAGGGUAUCCGUAGUCAUAUAAAGAAGAGCCACAGCACCUCCAGGUGUAAGCGUAUCAACUGCAACUCCCCUCCACAACAUUACCUUCACUGCACAUCACACGCUCAAAAUGCAUUUCUCCGCACCCGCUCUUCUUACUCUUCUGACCGCGGCUCUUGCCGUCGCAGCUCCUACUGCUGAGCCCCACAAGAACUACCCCGACAGGAAGUCUUAUAUCAAGGACUGCAAGAAGGAUAUCGACAACAAGUACAACCAGAAGGAUGACGACUGGAAGAAGAACGAGAAGCUCUUCUACUUCGAUGCCACAUACAUCGUUAUGGCCACACCCGACCAGGUCAUCAACACAACUCAAAUCCCCGCACCCGGCCAGCCCGGCGCAAAGGGCCUUUUCAAGUAUGGCAUCAACGUCGCUGACAACACCAUUUGCUACAACAUCACUCUCUCAGGCGUAACUGGCGAGUACCGCUCCAUGGCCCUGACCUCAACACAUAUCCACGAGGCGCCCAAGGGCCGCGCAGGACCCCCUCGCAUCGCAUUCCCCAACCCCCAGGGUCCCGACGCGCGCCGCAUUUCCACCGGCUGCCUGACCGGGCCGUUCAAGACCGGCAUCCUCGUCAACGGCACUGACACUGGUGAUGACUUCCACGUCCGCGAGAUUGUUGCCGAUCCGGCCAGCUUCUUCACUGACACACACACUGCCAGCUUUGUUCCUGGUGCUGUGCGCGGUCAGCUGAAGUAAGCGUUGUUCGAUUCGAUGGAGAUUAAUUGUAAGGCUGCGAUUAAAUUGAUGCAGCUGCUGAGGAAAGCCUGCGGGCAAUAAUGGGUUCAGUUUGAGUUUCUGACUGGCCUAGUUGGGUG